AUGGGCGCGGAACUACCUGCGCGGGACGCGGAGGCGGAGGGGGAGGAGACGGGGGAGGCGGAGGCGUUACUAGCUAGGCGCGGGGGGGCGGAAGAGGCAGCAGGCGCAGCGGAGCUCCGCGGGCCCCCUCCAGGCGGUGCUGCCAGUCCCGCGGACGAAACAACUGCCGCCCUGUGCUCUGCUGUGAUUGGGAUCCCCGCCACUCCUCACCCCCCCUCCCCUCCCCUCCCCUCCCCUCUCCUCCCCUCCCCUCCCCUCCCCUCCCCUCCCCUCCCCUCCCCUCCCCUCCCCUCCCCUCCUCUCCCCUCCGCUCCGCUCCCCUUCCCCGUCCAACCCCUCCCCAUCCGUCACGCCGCGCCUGUGCCCUCCAGGCCUUCAUAUCGCCUCUACCAACUCGCUGCCAGUGCAACGUCGUCAUGCACAGGUCACCUGUUUCUCGCCUCAGAACCCAUCGCCCCCUCACCUGCCUCCCCCUCACGCACACACCUACCGGGCCGUCACAUCGUCUUUCUGCCCAGUCUCAGUGUGGUGGGAUGCGAUGCAGAGGUGUCUAGUUUCUCAGUGCAAGAUUCGACCAUCCCCCUCACCCGCCUGCCUCCCCUCUCCCCCCUCUCCUUCCUCUCCCCCCUCUCCCCCCCUCUCCUUCCUCUCCCCCCUCUCCUUCCUCUCCCCCCUCUCCCCCCCCUCUCCUUCCUCUCCCCCCCUCUCCUUCCUCUCCCCCCCCCUCCUUCCUCUCCCCCUCGCCCCCCAUGGGCACCAGGUCGGCGGCUGAUAGCGCCCUGCCAGUGCCGUGGGACUCAGCGCUUCGUGCACCGCACCUGCCUUGACGCUUGGAGGGCUGCCAAGGGUUCAGCGUUCUCACGCUGCUCAGAGUGCCGUGCGCCCUUCUCCCUGCGCCCGCACCUGCCCCAUGACCGCUCCUGGCACCGACUGCGGUUCAGAGCGGUGCUGCUGAGGGACCAUGCAGCGCUCGUCACCCUCGUGCUCCUGCUGGUGGGGGCAGUGGGAGUGGUCACGUACCGGGUGUUUGGGCGCCAGCUCAGGGACGCACUGGGCUUCCGGGACCGACCCCACGAGUUCUUCUCCUUUGCUGCAUCACUGCUGGCGCUGCUAGGCCUCGUGUACAGUGCACUCAUGGCCGUGCUAUGCAGCGACUGCAUCACAGAGAGGCACGCACACGUCCUGCACAGAGGGCAACUCACCAAGUCUCUUCCCUGUUUCAUCUCGCUCUCCCUCACGCUUCACUCCCUCCUUCGCUCCUCCCUCUCUCUGUCACUCCCUUCACUCUUCCCACUCUCCCUCGCUCUUCACUCCCACUUUCUCGCCUCUCUCUCUCCCUCACUCCCUUCCCUCUUCACUCUCUCCCUUGCUCUUCACUCGCUCUUCCAUCUCUCCCUCACCCUUCGCUCCCACCCUCACUCUUCACUCUCUCCCUCCCUCUUCAAUCCCUCCCUCACUCUUCGCUCUUCCAACCCAUGGCGCCCCCACUCUCGUCCCCGGCUGCAGGAAUUUGUGGUGGUACAUCUGAGCAAAUGUUUCCUAGUCGACUUAAAGAUUCACUUCUAA